AUGAGCAUAAGUGGCAAGCAUUUGGACGAUCCUCGUCUCCUCAGUUCAAUUAAUUUCCUACUAACUGCAUUUCAACGCUUCGAAAAGAAGGAAAUCGAAACAAAUGAAUGUUCUCUUACGACACCAUUGUUCCUUGCUGUUCUCAAACUUGUGUGCUCUUCGUAUGCCGUUGACAUGCUCACACGAUUGGAACAUAAUUUUUCACAGAAGCUCACUGAAGGACAAACACUUCUUCUUAAUACAUGCCCGUUAUAUGUGUACUGGUUUUCAGGCAAUCGUAAACCUGAACUCGCUCUUCAAGUCACACGAUGGUUACUGCGUCCGUUCACUGCAUGGAUGACAAGUUGCCAUCCGGAUUCCAUCAUUUACUGCUCUCAAGAGUUAGGAGACAUGAUGCGUCACCUAGCUUUUACUCUUGUUCGUCCUAUCGAAUGGGAAAAUGCAAACGGUUCAAGUGAAGAAUUUUACGAUGACUAUUGCAAACGAGUUUCGCACUGGUCAUCAUUCUUGCCAGUAAUAAUUAGACAUUCUUCUGAUGAAUGGAGUGGUAUGUCAAUUGCAAGAUUCAUCGUUCAGGAUUUGUACAACUUCACACUGCAUCCGAGCGUACUAAAUUUCAUGAAAAGCAUACCUACUUUGAUACCCAUGUUGCUUAAAAUGACUGAUGUUCAACAGAGUGAAACACAAUUGAAUGCUUAUCGUUGUUUGGGCAAGCUCAUGACAGAAGAAGACAUCAAAACCAUGGCGAAUCCGAGUAAAAUUGCGAUGAUCUACGUCAAAUUUCUCAUGAAUGACAUCGAUGAUCCAAAGACAAAAGAACGAUUUUACAGUCUACUACAGAGUUUGAAAAACUGGGUCCAACACGAUCAGGUGAAAGUCCAUUUGAUAAAUCAGAAGGCUCUUCCCCUACUUGUGCGAUGUGUAACAGAAACCAAAUUCGAUCCUAUCAAAGAACAAGCGGCAGCUCUCGAAAUUCUUCUUGCUCUCUCCUUCAAUAACGACGCUGCUUCUGCUCUAAGACAGAAUCACCAUUUCAUGACUCAUGUUCGAAGUGUGUCCAACAGUAUCAUAUCUGAUCAAUCAAGACUACAACGCGCUGCCGGAGGUCUUCUCUGGAAAUUGGAGAAAGAAACAGAGGCUGUCGCCAAACCUGCCAUUUUAAACUCGUAUCAACACGACAUAAUGAUGAGUUAUUCGCACAGUGACAAACAAUUGUGCUAUCAAAUUCAUGAACAACUUGUCAAAGAUGGAUUUCGUGUAUGGAUCGAUCGAGAUCAUAUGCAUGGAGCCACAAUGAUUGCUAUGGCAGAUGCUAUCGAAAAUUCAGACAUUGCUAUCAUCUGCAUGUCAGAUGCGUACAAACAAAGUGUCUAUUGCCAAUCGGAAGCUCAUUAUGCAUUUGAACGGCGACGUUGUCUCAUCCCACUAAUCAUGAAACCUCACUACAAGCCCGACGGAUGGCUCGGUAUUAUUGCAAGUGGCAAGAUCUAUGUCGAUUUUGCCAAGAUUGAAUUUAAUUUAGCCUAUGAAAAAUUGAAGAAUGAAAUUUCUCAACAUCGUCAUCAGCAUACGAGUCAGCCAACGAUAAAAACUAAAGAAAAAAAUCAUCAGGAUAUCCCGUCGAUGAUUCCCAUACCAGUUGAUGAAGCUUCGAAAUCGGGCGAGCAAUAUCCGAUCGUGUAA